AAAGUUGACGCUUCCGGCCGGUGUCUCUCUUCAGCUCUCCGCUCCCCGCAGACAGUCCUUCACUCCGCACAGACAUGUCCAACGUCUCCGAUACCAAACUAUACGACAUUCUCGGGGUCUCCCCCUCGGUCUCCGAAAACGAGCUGAAAAAGGCUUACCGGAAAUUAGCAAAGGAAUAUCACCCUGACAAAAACCCAAAUGCUGGAGACAAAUUCAAGGAGAUUAGCUUUGCAUAUGAAGUACUAACUAACCCAGAGAAGAGGGACUUGUAUGACCGUUAUGGUGAACAGGGUCUGCGAGAAGGUGGCUGUGGAGGAGGAGGGAUGGAUGACAUCUUUUCCCAUAUCUUUGGCGGAGGUCUCUUUGGCUUCAUGGGUGGACAGGGUCGGAGCAGGAACGGAGGGCGGCGGAGAGGGGAAGAUAUGGUCCACCCCCUGAAGGUGUCUCUUGAAGACUUGUACAAUGGAAAAACAACCAAAUUACAGCUGAGCAAGAAUGUUCUGUGUAGCACUUGUAAUGGUCAAGGCGGGAAGUCUGGUGCAGUCCAGAAGUGCACAGCCUGCAGGGGGCGUGGUAUGCGCAUUAUGAUCAGACAGCUGGCUCCUGGCAUGGUCCAACAGAUGCAGUCAGUGUGCACUGAUUGUAAUGGCGAAGGUGAGGUGAUCAGUGAGAAGGACCGCUGCAAAAAAUGUGAGGGGAAGAAGGUGAUUAAAGAGGUGAAGAUUCUGGAAGUGCAUGUGGAUAAAGGUAUGAAGCACGGACAGAAGAUCACCUUCGGCGGGGAGGCAGACCAGGCACCUGGAGUAGAACCUGGAGACAUUGUCCUGGUCCUGCAGGGAAAGGAGCAUGAGACAUACAGAAGAGAAGGCAACGACUUGUCCAUGACCCAUAAGAUCGGCCUUGUUGAAGCACUUUGUGGUUUCCAUUUCACAUUGAAACACUUAGAUGGUAGACAGAUUGUGGUGAAAUACCCAGCUGGCAAAGUCAUUGAGCCAGGUUCAGUCAGAGUUGUCAGAGGGGAAGGCAUGCCACAGUACCGUAACCCCUUCGAGAAGGGUGACCUGUUCAUCAAGUUUGAUGUGCAGUUCCCAGAAAACAAUUGGUUAAGCCCAGAGAAGCUGUCGGAAUUGGAGGAUUUGCUGCCCACACGGGCCGAUCCACCCGUCAUCUCUGGAGACGCGGAGGAAGUGGAAUUGCAGGAGUUUGUAAGCCAGAGCUCCUCUGGUGGUCACCGCCGUGAGGCGUACAACGACAGCUCAGAUGAAGAAGGAGGGCAUCACGGUCCUGGCGUGCAGUGUGCCCAUCAGUAACCCCGACUACAGCAAAUAUCUUGUCUGGCUCCAACAGUGGGGAUUAAAAAAAUGAUCUAGUUGCACAACAAACAGGUGUGUUUAUAAUCUGAUUCGGGGCUGCCUUAAAUGAUGAGAAUUACAUACAGCCAUUCCUGACCACCUGAUUCCCUUGUAGUAAACGCACCGAUGAUCCCGCAUCUAGUAACUCUUUCUUGCUACUCCUCCUCUCCCAGCGGCCCUUUAGAGACAACCCCACUUCAGAGA